AUGAGGGUUUCAAUUCGUAGAAUAUGGGAAUUUUGGUGGGGGGAAGAAGCUGUUUUAAAACAAGGUUAUUUGACUGUUGAGCAAUUUGUUUUGAGCUGUGGGUCGUGGAUUUUCCAUGGAAACAGUGUGAAGUUGAGGGGAGUGAUGAAGGGAAGUUUAAGAGACUGCUUGAGAAAAGUAACUUGGUUUUAUCUUCACCAAAGCAUGUUGCUGAUCCGGUUGUUUACAAGCGUUCGGGUUGAAGGGGAUGGGAGAUUAGUGCCUGCAACAGAUGAUGAACUGAUGGAGGUUGAGGGUUUACUGGAAAAUGAGAAGCGUGAAACCCAUAUUGUUGUGGACACUGGGCAGGCUUUAGGGAGCACUUUUAAUGAAGUGUCGUCCUCUGGCAUGCCUCAGUUAGAAAGCUCAGAAGGUUUGUCACAAUCUGAGAACACAGAAGCUGAUACCGAAAAAUUAAGUGCACGCCUUGAGGAAACUGUCCCUACUAGGGCACAGUUGGCUGAAUGA